UGCGCACACAACACAGAGAAAAACAGACUGCGGGGAGAGUGCAAGAAUUUGCUGAAAAACAUUUUCGGGGAUCUUAUGGGACUAAAUAUUCAAUGUGCCGGGCUAUAUACGUAAUUUGAGUGAAGUAUUGGCUGCUGUCUCUUUGUGGAGGUGCUGUUCAUCCAAGAAUCACCCAAACUGGUAGUCGCAUCAAGCUGACGAGUUGUUGUUACUUCAACUUCGGUGUCAAUUCGUUCUUUUAUUUUGCAUUGUUAUCACUGUAAUUACCAAGAUUAUUCUGUCUCAAAUAUGCUUUAAGCAUAUGGUUUGCUGAUUUUCUAUAAAUAGUGGUAAUUUAUGCCAUUUCUGGUGGCAAAAACUGACAGAGGAAUGUCUCGGCAUGAAGGUGUCAGCUGCGACGCGUGUCUGCGGAGUAACUUCCGCGGCCGGCGCUACAAGUGUCUGAUCUGCUACGACUACGACCUGUGCGCCGGCUGCCACGAGGCCGGCUCCACGACCACGCGCCACACGGCCGACCAUCCGAUGCAGUGCAUCCUCACCCGGACAGAUGCCGAGGUACUGUACGGCGGCGAGGCGCUGCCUCUGGAACAACCGCGCUCGUUUGUAUGUCCGCACUGUGGCCGGAUGGGCUUCACAGAGACGACACUGGCCGACCACGUCAGCGCUCAGCACUCUGACUCCGUCACACAAGUGGUGUGUCCCGUGUGCGCCUCUGUACCGAGCGGAGAGCCGAAUCACGUCACCGAGGACCUGCCCACCCACCUGACUGUGGACCACCACCGCGGCGGCGGCGGCGGCGGCGGCCUCUCGGCUCGCGAUCUCAUCUCGUUCGGAGACGAGCCGGCGCCGGCCGGCCGCCAGUCGGCGCGCCGCGUACCGCACCCGGCUCAGGCGGGCGGCGCACCGCGCAUCCGGCGCUUCAACACGGCUCACUUCAGGGAGUCGAUGGACCCGAUCACGGAGCUCCUGUCUCAGCUGUCUGGCGUGCGUCGCGCCGCCACGCUGGUCUCUGGCGGCCCCAGUGUGGGCGCCAUCGGCACGGGUACCGCCUCCCGGCUGCAGCAGCUGCAGGCGCAGGCGGUGCGUCAGCGCGGCGAUCGGCCCGCGCGCCGUCAGCCGGCGACGGCGGGCGGCUCGGCCGACGGCAGCACGACGGCCGCGCCCGCCACGGAGGCCGCCGCCGCUGCCGCGCCGCGCCGCCAGGAGGCGGGUGCCGCCGCCUCCGGAGCCGGAGGGGCCACCGCCGCCGACGGACCCCAGUUUCUGCUGGCUAGUAUUCUGGACGAGGAUGACUCGGAGCUGGCCGGCCGUCAAAUGAACAGAGCCGAUCGUAGCGCCUUUGUACAGGAGGUGAUUCUGUCCACCCUUAUUGACUCCAUGGACUCGACGUCGAUAUGUGAAUCGAGCGGCCGUCCGGCGGCGGCUGUCGGCGCGGCCUCCCCGGCUCCCAGCUCUGUAGUUACCAGCCAGCCGGCCGGUCAGAAGGGGCGGGACGCCCGACCUGCGGCCGCCGCCGCCGCCGCUGCAGGCCCGCCGGCUCGCGUGACGCCGCCCUGCGGGGGCGGCGAGGGCGACCCUGCCGGCCUCUGGGCACUGCGCGCGGCGCCCUCUGUGCUAGUCCGACCAGACCGGCCGACUGGACCGCCGAGGGACCGGCGCGAGACGACUAACCUGGCUUCUUUCUGA